UUUGAAAAUACAAACCGGAAAACUUUUUGACUUAGUAUAACUUGAUACUUUCGCUCUAUGUAUAACGCUGCCACUGGGUAAGAGGGACAUCAUGGCAGACCUUGGCAUCAAAACAGGAGACAAAGUGCUGCUGGUUUGGACUCAGCCCUCGGCGCCAGCAGCCCUCAAAAAGUUUGCAGAGGAUGUGGGUGCCAUGGUUGGUGCGGACGGCAAAUUGUCAGUGGAGAACAUGGAGAGACUAUCGCUGUCCUCCCACGCAGCAUCCACCUUCGACUGGGUGCUCUCUUGCCUUCUGGCUGACAGCUCGUCCAUCCACAGCUCAGAGACUCUUGCAGAGUUAGCCAGAGUGCUCAAACCUGGCGGGAAGAUCGUUUUGGAGGAACCAGUCACAGGAGCUGAUGCUCAGAGUGUGAGGACGGGUGAGAAGCUGAUGUCAGCUCUGAAGUUGUCUGGCUUCAUGUCAGUGACAGAGGUCAGUAAAAAAGAAUUGAGUCCAGAGGCGUUGAACUCUCUCAGGACGGCCACUGGUUACCAAGGAAACACCCUGUCUAGAGUCCGCAUAUCUGCCUCCAAGCCCAAUUUUGAGGUGGGAUCAUCCAGUCAGCUCAAGCUGUCGUUUGGGAAAAAGACGCCCAAGCCAGCAGCAGAGAAACCUACUCUGGAUCCCAACACUGUGAAAAUGUGGACACUCUCAGCCAAUGACAUGGAUGAUGAUGAUGUGGAUCUGCUGGACUCUGAUGCUCUGCUGGAUGAGGAUGAUUUGAAGAAGCCAGACCCAGCUUCUCUGAAAGCACCCAGCUGUGGAGAGGGAGCCGGCAAGAAGAAGAAAGCCUGCAAGAACUGCACGUGUGGUCUAGCUGAGGAGUUGGAGGAGGAGAGUAAGGGAAAACAGACAAAGAAUCUGCCAAAAUCUGCCUGUGGAAGUUGUUACCUUGGCGAUGCGUUCCGAUGUGCCAGCUGCCCGUACUUGGGGAUGCCAGCAUUCAAACCAGGAGAGAAGAUUAUGCUGGAAAACACCACACUGAUGGAUGCUUGAAAGCACAAAUCUCACUCAUACUGCUGCUGAUGCUUUAAAACAUUACAUUCCCUUCUUUUCCAUCCACCCCGAGACACCUGAGUCUCUCUGACUGAAAGCUGCUCUGUCAGUGUCACUGCAGAUGUGAUGGAGAUUUGUCAGUUUGUCUGGAGCUCAGUGAGAUGGUUUCUGUGUUUCAAAUCGCAACACAUCACCUUGUUCCCUCAGUGAUUCACUAGUGUUGAUUGUGACGCUCUCAUCCACCAGCAAUAGCAAGUCCUGUUUUUGAGAGUUUUGACAAUGACCAAAAGUGAGAUUUUAGUGAAAUGAAGUAAAGUGCACUGUCAUUGCAGUUUUACGCCUGCUGUUGUUAAUUAUGCAAAUUAUGGUGUGGGAAGUACCUAAAAUGCACUGAAAUCCAUUAGUUUUCUUUUUUGAAAUUCCAUUUACACUUGACCACUGAAAUAGUUUAAAAGUCAAAACCACAUAAUGUCCAGCGAUCCGGUUUAAACAUACAGAGACCUACACACGCAGCAUAUAAACUGUCCACUUCAAGCUUAUUUAUGUAUUUGAAAGCAAGCUGUUUGGCAAAAAAGUGUUGUUGACCUUUUGUGUUUCAUUUUAAUCCAAUAAACUAAACCAGACUGACA